CUCGAGCACCCUCACUCAACCUCAGACAAGCAUCCUUGGCCACUCAUGUCCACCCAGGAAGGUCUCAACCAUAAGCGCAGUAUCCAGGACACUCCAGCCGACCUUACCAAAAUGCAAGUUGGGGGUGAGGCCGAAAUGGGGGAGAUCAUGAGACACCUCGAUGCGCUGCAAGACAUUUUCAGCGAUACAAAGAAGCUGACAAUUCCGUUUUCUUCGGUACAGCAAUCCGACCUCGAGAAAAUGGGACUGGAGCGGAAGGUUUUCCGACUCGAUAGAGCUGCACUGGAGGCACGCAUUGAAAAGUCUGAUAUCGAAGUGAAAUACAUAGAUGCUCUCUGCUUGCAGAUCAGCCGAAUCCGACGUUCGACCAGCAAGAGAGUAAGUCCAACCUAGU